GGGGGGGGGAGGGGGAUGGAGAGGCCGACGGCCGCGAACCCCUGGGACGUGGGGGUCAUCGGGGGGUACUUCCUCCUCAUCCUCGCCGUGGGGCUCUGGUCCCUGCGCCGCGGCAGCCGCAGCACCAUCAGCGGGUACUUCCUGGCCGGGAGGAGCAUGGCCUGGGCACCAGUGGGCGCCUCCCUGCUGAGCAGCAACCUGGGCUCCGGGCACUUCGUGGGGCUGGCGGGGACGGGGGCGGCCGGGGGCAUCGCGGUGGGGGGCUUCGAGUGGAGCGGCAUGUUCAUCGUCCUGCUGCUGGGCUGGGUCUUUGUGCCCGUUUACCUGCGGGCGGGGGUGGCGACGAUGCCCGAGUACCUGGGGAAGCGUUUUGGGGGGGGCCGCAUCCGGCUGUACCUGGCGCUGCUCUCGCUGGGGCUCUACAUCAGCACCAAGAUCUCGGUGGACAUGUACUCGGGUGCCAUCUUCAUCCAGGAGGCCCUGGGCUGGGACCUCUACGCCGCCGUGGGGGCUCUGCUGGCCGUCACCGCGCUCUACACCGUCACCGGGGGGCUGGCGGCGCUGAUGUACGCGGAUCUGGUGCAGACCCUCGUCAUCAUCGGGGGGGCCUCCGUGCUGGCCGGCUACGCGCUGGGCGCUGUGGGGGGCUACGAGGGGCUGGUGGAGCGUUACCCCCUGGCGCUGCCCCCCAACCUGACGGGUCCCUGCGGGCGCCCCCGCCCCGACGCCUUCCACCUCCUGCGGCACCCCAGUACCGGGGACCUGCCCUGGCCUGGCCUCCUCCUGGGACUGGGAAUUAUCUCCUCCUGGUACUGGUGUACCGACCAGGUGAUCGUGCAGCGAUGCUUGGCCGGCCGCUCCCUGACCCACGUCCGUGCCGGCUGCGUCCUCUGCGGCUACCUCAAAGUGCUGCCCAUGUUCAUCAUGGUGCUGCCCGGCAUGGCCGCCCGCGUCCUCUUCCCGGAGGUGGUGGGCUGCGCUGACCCCCAGGGCUGUCGUCGGGCCUGCGGGACCCCCUGGGGCUGCUCCAACGUGGCCUACCCCCGGCUGGUGCUGGGCCUGCUGCCGCCCGGCCUGCGUGGGCUGAUGCUGGCGGCGGUGCUGGCCGCCCUCAUGUCCUCCCUGGCCUCCAUCUUCGCCAGCGCCGGGGCCCUCUUCACCCUCGACGUCUACCAGCGCCUGCGGCCCCGCGCCGGGCCCCGGCACCUCCUCAUUGCUGGCAGAGUCUCCGGCAGGCUGUGGGUCGGGGCGAUGGUGGGGCUGAGCCUGGCCUGGCUGCCGGUGGUGGAGGCGGCGCGGGGGGGGCAGCUUUUCGACUACAUCCAGGCCGUGGCCAGUUACCUGGCCCCCCCCGUGGCCGCCGUCUUCUUCCUCGCCAUCUUCGUCCCCCGCGUCAACGAGCCCGGUGCUUUUUGGGGGCUGCUGGGGGGGUUGGGGUUAGGCCUGGCCCGCUUGAUCCCCGAAUUCGCCCUGGGGACGGGGACGUGCGGGUCGCCGGGGCGCUGCCCCCCCCUCGUUUGCGGCCUUCAUUACCUCCACUUCGCCGUCCUCCUCUUCCUCGUUACCGGCCUCCUCGUCGUCGGCGUCUCGUUCUGCUACCCGCCCAUCCCCCGCCAGCAUCUCCACCGGUUGGUGUUCAGUCUGCGCAACAGCCAGGAGCCGCGGGUUGACCUUGACCUUCGGCCACCCAAGGGUGGGGACGGAGGGGUCCGGCUGCAGGAUGUGGAGGCGGAGCCAGGCGGCCAAGGGGCGGAGCCAUCGGAGCAGGGGGCGGGGCCAGCAGACCAGGGGGCGGAGCCACCCGGGCCAGGGGGCGUGGCCGAGCCCCCAGCCCCGCCCCCCAAGGAGGGGGUGUGGAGCCGCGUGGUCGACGUCAACGCCCUGAUCCUGAUGGCCGUCGCCGUCUUCCUCUGGGGGUACUUCGCCUGACCCCCCCAAAAUCCCCCCAAAUUCCCCAAAA